AUGCAGAAAUUCAAGGAAAAGUUCGAGAACAAGGUCGAGAACCUGGAGGAGUCAUUCCGAGACCACGGUCUCCAUGACACUAAAGCCAAGGCUACGCAUCUGAAGCAUAAGGUUGGUAAAUUCUUCAAUAUCGUCAACCCGAAUCAUCGUCACGAUGAGGAACAUGAGCAAAUUACAGAUGCGAAACGCACUAAAAUUGCCGAGUCACAUCGUUUUGGCUCUUUCGCACCCAUCCGUGAGGGAACAACCUCAAAUGCUCUCGAAAACGCGACCGAGACUAUUUACAUCGCCGAUUGGUGGCUCUCACCGGAAUUAUUCAUGCGUCGCCCGCCGGCGGAGCACCAAGAAUGGCGUCUGGAUCACAUCUUGAAACGUCGCGCAGAAGCGGGCGUCAAGAUCUUUGUCAUUGUUUACAAGGAAGUCAAUCAGGCUUUGACCUGCAAUUCGGCCCACACCAAGCAUGCAUUGCAGAAUCUUUGUCCCGAGGGCACCCCCGGUCAUGGCAACAUUCGAGUCUUGCGCCAUCCGGACCACAACGUCUUCGAAAACGCUGCAGACAUGACUCUAUACUGGGCCCACCACGAGAAAUUCAUCGUGAUUGACUACGCCAUGGCAUUCAUUGGAGGCAUUGAUCUUUGCUUUGGUCGUUGGGACGCUAAUCAGCACCCUCUCGCGGAUGUCCAUCCCGGUGGCUUGAAAGAUGACAUCUUUCCAGGCCAGGACUUCAACAACAACCGUAUCAUGGACUUCCAGAGCGUCGACGACUGGCAGAGUAAUGAGCUGAGUAAGGCGGACUUCGGCCGAAUGCCGUGGCACGAUGUGGCCAUGGGUUUGAUCGGUGACUGUGUUUACGAUAUUGCAGAGCACUUUGUACUCCGUUGGAACUUUGUCAAGCGUGACAAGUACAAGCGCAGUGAUGAUGUGGAUUGGCUCUUGAUGGAGGGCCGCACUGGAGAUGACGAGGAUAUCAUUGCUGUGCAGCGACCCAAGUAUCCUUGUGGACAGUAUGUUCAACACCCCCCUGACGCCGCUUUCUGGAAAGCCCCGCGGACAGCAGGUAUCCAGAAUGCAUACUGCGAGACUAUCCGUAACGCUGAGCACUUUGUCUACAUCGAAAAUCAGUUCUUCAUCACUGCCACCGGCGACGACCAGCAUCCGAUAUACAACCAGAUCGGCCGGGCUAUCGUUGAUGCCUGCGUUCGUGCCGGCAAGGAGGGGCGCAAGUUCCGUGUCAUCAUCGUGAUUCCUGCCAUUCCCGGAUUCGCCGGUGACCUACGUGACAAUGCGGCGACAGGCACCCGCGCCAUUAUGGAUUACCAGUACAAGUCCAUCUGCCGUGGCGAGAACUCCAUCAUGGGUCAGAUCAAGAAAGCGGGAGUUGACCCCACACAACAAAUCUUCGUUUUCGCUCUGCGUGCCUAUGACAGAAUCAACAAAACUCCCGCUCUUGAAGAGCUUGAGAAGAAGGCUGGUGUUAACUACCAAGAUAUCCAGCGUGGUAUCGCCGAGUCUAUCAUGGGUGAGAGUGUCCACCCGUCUGUUGGCAAGGAGGGCGACCGUCAUGAGAAGGACUACGAAACCGACUCCGCCGCGAAGCAAGAAAACCUGCGCAAAUUGGAGAAGUUCGAGGAACAGGUCGAGCAGCGCAAGGCGCAGCAGGGCGAUGCAAGCUGCGACUCGGUAGCUCACAUGACUAUGCUCAACGGUGGCAAGAUGGUGGAUGAGGUCUGGGAAGGUGAUCCCGAGGCUGAGAAAGGCAAUAUUGUCCAGGAAGAGCUCUAUGUACACGGCAAGGUGUGCAUUGUCGACGAUCGUGUGGUGAUUUGCGGUAGUGCCAAUAUCAAUGAUCGGUCCCAGCUUGGCUCACAUGAUAGCGAACUCGCGAUUGUGAUGGAAGAUCAAGAUUUUAUCGAGAGUCAAAUGGAUGGCAAGCCAUACCGUGCAGCCCGCCAUGCAGCGACUCUUCGUCGUCAGCUUUGGCGCGAGCAUCUAGGCCUACUACCCGCACAGGACUACGAUGCUUCCGGCCACCCGAACGCGCGACCUCCCAAUGUCUGUCCUAACCAGAUCUUAGAAGGCGCCGAGAACGAGUUUGUCACGGAUCCGCUGAGCGAUGCGGUCUGGAACACUUGGACGGAGCAGGCUAGCGUCAACACGGAGACGUAUCGGAUCCUCUUCCGUGCGGACCCAGAUGAGAAUAUUAGGACAUUUGAGGACUACGAUAACUUCUGCCCGCGUGGGACGAAGCAGGGCCACCUGUUCGAUCCAUAUAUCCCGGCAGCUGAGGUACGCCAGAAAUUAGAUCGUAUCAAGGGCCACCUGGUAUGGCUUCCUCUGGAUUUCCUGUGCGAUGCAGAGAUGGCCGAGCCUGGGCUGGCUGUGAAUCAGAUUACUGAGAGCAUUUACACCUAG